UUCACAGAGGCAGCCGUCUCUGCCUGAACACAUGUUAAACGUCCCGCAAGCCUGAGGAGGAGGGACACAGUCACAGAGAAAGACAGAAAGAGAUAGAAGCCGAGACAGACUGAAGAGAGAAAUACUCUGAGGAAAGAUAAAGCCAGGAGGCGGGGUGGGCGGGGGAAGAGCGAGGCAUACAGCGCUGUGUGUGAAGAGAAGCCUCGGAGCGUGUAUGUGGUAGUGAGGAAAAGCAUAACACAGAGGGAGAGCGUACGUAGCAUGAAGGGAAGAGAGGAGGAAGAGAUGUUGAGAGAGAGUCAGCGCAUGUUGCCAGAUUGAGAGAGACAGCAAGGAUAGAGGACGGGAAGCAGCAAGGAGUAGCAGAAGGGAAAAGGGAGGGAAGGAUCUUGGCUUGAAGGAACAUAGGAAAAAGAGGAGUGAGAAGGAGAGUAGAGGCAGGCAAGGCAGGGAGCAGCGGAGAGCCAGCAGUGCUGCAUUGUGGAUGUAAACUUUAUCAUCUGCGGGAUCAGUGGGUAGCAGCUGCAGAGCAGGAGCAAAGCGUGCUGGUGGAUUACCAUGUGUGUCCUCUGAAUGCACCAGGAUGCUGCAUCUCCAUCAGGGGAAAAGCUGGCUGUGGCUCGCCUGCAGAGGGAAGUCGCACGGAGCAAGAGUGAAGGAACAAUGCGAGAAAAGCUGAUCCACGAGCUAGAGGAAGAGCGACGCUUGCGACUGGAGAGCGAGAAGCGUCUCCGGGAAGUGACGGAGGAGUCUGAGCUGGGACGGGCGCAAAUGGUCUCACUGCAGCAGCAAUUCUCCAGGAUGGAAGAAACGGUGCGGUCGCUGCUGCAGAAUCAGGGCGUCCUGGAGCAGACUGCUGUGGACACAGUGGACCUCAUGAAGGCCUACAAGGAUAAACUCUCAGAGGAAGUGCAGAAGCAGCACGAUGGCCCAGAAGAGAACGGCUCCCUGCCGGCAACUCAGAUGGAGCCAGAUCCCGGGCCGCUGCCACUGAACGCCGAUCCUGACGCCGGCCAAGAAGACGAGGACAAAGACAAAACUAAGCUCCUCCUAGACCGCCUCAAGACCCUGGAGGAGGAAAACUCUGUUUUGGCCUCGGAGAACGAGAGCCAGAGGGAACAGUAUGAACGCUGCCUGGAUGAGGUCGCCAAUCAAGUUGUGCAGGCGCUUCUCACCCAAAAGGAUCUCAGGGAGGAGUGUCUGAAGCUGCGAACCCGUGUGUUUGACCUCGAGCAGCAAAACCGGGCUCUGAGCGUCUUGUUCCAGCAGAGGAUCAAGCCUGCCUCGGAUCUACUUCUCCAGAAACUCCACUCCCGCAUCAUGGAUCUAUCUGCGGCAGACCUACUUCUGGAGCCAGAGCGAAGCAAGGCCUUCCUGCUUUCCAGGAAUACUGACUCUCCGUCUAAUGAGGUCCAGUUGAACGGAAAAGCCGGUUUCCCUGUGACCAAGUGUCUGAGCCAGCUGAGUCUGACAGUGCCAGCCCCUGUAUACCCUCGCAGCAGCUGUAGCAGCAGCGAGUUGUCCUUGUCAAGUGCGUGCAGCGAAUUCUCCAGUGGCUCAUACACCUGGAAUGAUGGACGCUCCUGUGGGAAAAUGUCAUCACUGACGUGGGAGAAGAGAUUGAGUCUAGGCUCAUCAGCUCCCAGUAACAUCUGCGCCCCCCUGGAGGAGCAGCUCCCCACCAGACGCAAGGAGAGCCAUAUACUGGAGGGCCUGAGAAAGCUCCAGAGGAAGAAACACAGGAGUGCCUCCACAUCCAAGGUCUCCAAGUCAGGCUAUAAAGACUGCAUGAACUCCAACGAGGGCAUCUACUCCCUGGGUAUCAAGAGUAGCAGUAAAGGGGUGUCCAAGCCUAACAAUGUGGGUAGAACUGCAGCUGCUGGGAGCAAGAAGUUUUCUUACGAUUCUGAUGAUGCAGAUGAUGAAUUGGCUCAGUCUAGUCGUGGAGAUAAUAUUCCCACCAAAGACAGCUGGUUUUAUUGUAAGAAGCUCUCCCACAGCAUCUCGGACAGUUUAUGUAGCUGGGAGGGGCUUCAGGACAGUGGAGGAGGAGAUAAUAAUAGCUCAGCUACAAAACACCCCCCUGGUUAUGACUCUAAAGAGCGACCUGAGAAGCUCAUGAGUUUUAUUAACAGUUUUCUCCCAGAGGGAAGCCGGACAUCAGCCUUCAGUAAACCAUGCAAGCUGCUCAUGAACCCUUCUGACUCAGAGGGUCCCAGUCGCCUCUCAGACAUGGAUGAUACUGAGGAACUAAACUCUGAGUCCAGUGAUAUCCGGAUGUCCUUUUUCCAGCCAGCAGAGCAAGUAGAGAGGGAGCCCAAAAGGCUGUCCAGAGACGCUGCCAAGCUGCUUCCACACCAGCACUUGCGAAAAGACCAGGCACGGACCCAGUCUGCAGAUGGUAGGCCCAGGCCUUUCAGUCUGAUUAAGGCACCCAAAGGGGACAAGUGUACUCAGUCUGAGGAAAGCAUCUUAGCAAUAUUUGAUGCAGAGGGGGAGCCCAUUGAACUCUGUGCUCAGAAGCUCACAGCAGGUGUUAGACCACAAAAUGAGUUUCAAGGUGGCAAGGCAGUGGCGAAUUACGCAGAACUAGUGCCCCAAGAAAGGCCGACAAGGCAAAAAUCAGCUAAUGCAAGAAACUACACUGUUCUUGAGUCUCCAGAAAAGCCAUCGGAAUAUCAGAGCAGAAUUAGAAAAUCAAGCAAUGGGAGGGAGGGCAGUGAAGAGAGGCGGUCAAUGCAGUUGACACCACAAAGAAAAUUGAUCAAACCUCCAAGCAGUAGAGCUGAUAAGGGUCAUUCUAUUCCACCUAUGAAUGAUCCUGUAGGAACCAAGACUGGUGGUUCAAAGAUACCGGGUCACAAAUCUUCAGGAUCCCCUCUGAGAUUGUCAAAGGGCUCCACCACAGAACCAAGUAACAGUGGAAAGUCGGGGCUGUCUGCUCAGGAGAAGUCCCCCUUGUCUCCUACAGUUAAAAUGUCUAGGUACAUCAAGAACCCUGGAAACUGCUCACAGAGCCCGAAGGCAGUAAACUCCAAGCUACCAAGUAGGGCUGAAUGGAGUAAGACCUCCUCUGGUUCCCCUCACCUCGCAAGGCGGCACUUGGAGUAUAAUGACAAUGGCGAACAGCCAACCAGAGACAAACACUGUGAAACUAGCAAAAAUAAACUCAGGUCCCCUUCUCCUCCCCCACCCCCUGGCCGCACAACGUCCUUACUGAUUAGACCAAAUUAUGAGGGGUCACCUCAAGCACAUAAGGCAGGGGCGGCUCAACAAUGCACCCCAACCACUGCGAGGGGCCCUCCACCGAGUUAUCACCCCUCAGUUGUACCAAAUAUGCAAGCCACGCUUCCCAUUAAAGAUAAAGACUGUUUAGACCUAGAUGCAGGCUACGGGACUGCACUUGCACCUCAGAAACUGGUGGACAAAACCAGUCAGCACCUUCAAAAGUCCCCUGCCAUUACUCAGACACCCACUAAAGGCACUUCAAAGCGGACUACCAUGAAAGACUACCUCCCUUCUGCAAACUCAGGGUGUGCUCCAGAACCUGAAAAUGCACCUAAAACCUCAAAGAAUGUCCCUCCUCCCUACAGUGCCCUCAGAGGGUCCUCACUUCAGAACUCAUUUACAAGUAAAAGAGGAUCUACCAAUGAAAGUGUUCAUCAGUUAGUGCAGAAGACCUCUGUUAGUUUACCAUUAUCACUUCAGGAAUCCAAUCAAAGUAAAACAGAGCCACAAAAUGGUAAAGCUAUUAUCAGCCCACCCAGCUCAGUGGUUUCACCAAGUGCAGCAGAAAAAGCCUCAAAGACUCGCAUCCCAAUGGGGUUUAAAGCAUUUUUAAAAUCACCUCCCAGCCAUAAAAACAGCCCCUCUGUACCAGGCAAACAUGAGAAAGAUCAUAUCAACUCAGUCUCCAAGGAGACUGUGACUUCAAAUGCUUCUACCCAGUGUGACAGCUCACAGCCAGUGUACAGUAUUGAUUCACCACCCAACACAUCUAUCUCAGAGGGGAAAGGUGAGGCCCAGUGUAGGUCGCAGGAAGAGGAAGUACACACAACUGUGUUAGCAGAUGAGGGCGACAGUUGUGAUAAAGGGAAAAGGGGUAGCCAACUUUUCUCCAGAUCCAUAUCUGUCACUACCAAACCUCAUCUAAAGCCGGCCUUGGGGAUGAAUGGGGCCAAAGCACGCAGCCAGAGCUUCAGCACUAACUACAUGGAGAAACCUAACAUCAACGUGUUGGACGGACCUGGAAAAAUCCGAACUCAGAUCAUCACAAACUCAGGGGAAAGGGGAAACUCGCUGUCAAGACAGAGUUCUUUAGAAGUACCUACUGAGAGCCCUAUCCACUCCCCCAGAAGCAGGCUCAGCCACUAUGGAGGCAUGACAGGGUCAAAUAGUCACAAUAUCUUCCCUGAGAGAACUCCGAAAUCAGGCUCCAAAGGUGAGGGGUCACAGGUAAUCACAUCACCUUCUCAAAAAGAGGUACGUAGCUUGCCCAUCACCGAUAGGACUGGUGUAAACAAUGCCCGAAAGCCAGCAAAAGUUGCCUCGCAUCCACAGUUUCAGCCUGCAUCCUCUUGUGUCCAUAGUUUAGAAAACACAAUACAUGAGACACAAGGCUUAGCAGCCACCCUUAAUGAGCCAGAUUUUAGCAGGGAAGUCAAAACCCAGACAGAUCCCGCAAACAAGCCCCUAGAUAUGGAAGCAAAAAAAAUCAGCCCAACAGCCUGCACCAUCGAAGAGAAAGUCAUGAUGGGAAUCGAAGAGAAUGUGCAAAAAUGUCAAGAGCAGGAGAAGGUCGCUGCCACCGAGGCUAAGCAGAAGACAGGCCCCUCUCUGGCCAACUGGUUCGGCUUCCGUAAGAGCAAACUCCCAGCACUGAGUGGUAAGAAAGCAGACUCUCCCAAGGGGAAGGAGGAAAAGAAGGAGCUGAAGAUCGGAUCGGUGCUCGGAGGCAAACAGAUGAAGUCUGACAAGAAGAAGGAUAAGAAGAAAAAUGAUAUCCAGCCGAAAGACAGUCAGGAGGGACAGAAUCUGUCUGAGAUGAACAACAAGCUGAGCUCCAUCAUGGACCACUGCAACAAUCAGAUGGGUCAGAUUGCAAGUCAGAUCCAGUGUACGACAGCCUUCAUUGGCAAAGACCAGUUUGUGAAGGAGCUUCUUGGCAGGACUUCUGUGAAGGGUAGCUCUGUGGCCGCAUCGCCACCUGAGAUCUCUACACCCAAGAAACACAGCGAAAUGAAGGGAGAUGUGGAGAUCUGUCCAGAUACUGCUCUCCUUAUCAUGAGUCAAAAGAUGAACCCCAGGGCUGAAAAUGAAGAGGGACGCAUCAUAGACACUGCCUGUCAAGACCACAUGAUAGGCUCCAGCUGUCAGAUGAGAACCCUGGACAGCGGCAUCGGCACCUUCCCCCUCCCCGAUUCUGUCAGCCGGGCCAGUGGUCGCCACAUCCCCAAAUCUGAAUCCAGCCCUGGUGGGGUGACCACCGGCUCCCUGGAGCUCGAUCAGGACCCUCCCUCUUCUCACCCUGAACCCUCCCAACCUGAUGUGAAAGUGCCUUCCCUCCCAAAAACCCGUCUGCAUGCCCCUACCAGCAUGGGUCACUCCCUUUCUGACCCCACUGUGAUCUGCAGCAGCAACAGCCUGGACACCCAGAGCCGACUGCCCAAAUUAUCCACCUCAGAUGCAUUCAGGACUAAGAGGUUGAGCCUUGGUGCCCCACGCAACAACAUCUCAGCUUCCACAGAGGACAAAGAGGAAGAACCAGACGGGAGGAUGAAAAACAAGGAGCACGACAUGCCAGGUGAACGAGCCCUAAGGGUGUGCACAUACUCAGGCAGUAGCAGUGAUACUGAGACUGAACUGGAGGACUCGCCACAGAGAACUCUCAUCCACCGAACAAAGAAGAAUGACUCAGUCGAGCAGAAUGAGGAGACCCUGAAGAGAAGCAGUGUGGAGACGUCCUUGUCAAUCAUGGACUACUAUCAACACGAUAUGUUCUCACAUCUGGAGGACAGCCGGAGGAUUUCCCAAUACAACUUGUUGCACAAAGAGUCGUCCCUAGAUGGCAACGAAGGAGACAGACUCAGCAAGGAGAUCCCCCUGGAGAAGACGCCCAUUGGUGCAAACCAACCGGGCUCCCUCGACUUCUCCUUGGAGUCCCUGAACAAGCUGAACCACAGCAGCUCGAGCAGCGGUAGUCUGUAUCCAGACGCCGCCUUAGACGGGCACAGGGGCAGCUGCGACCCCGGGAGCAAGAGCGGGGAGGACUGCUGUAAGGCCGAUAAACCCUGUCCCGCCGGCCUCUCCGCAAAGCCUGGGGCCGAUCAAGCUGGUUCCCUCAGCGACUCACUCUACGACAGCUUCUCCUCCUGCACCAGUCAGGGCUCCAACGACGUGUAGGGCUGUAGUGCUCAAGUCCAGUUCAGACAACUCCUCUGAGUCCAUGCACUUGUUGUGUCCUUGGGCAACUUCCUGCCCAUUCAAAAAAUAAGUUCAGCAGCUGCUUGGGAUUUGACUUUCUUAGUCUUGAAUCCUGCAAUUUCAUGGUUUAUAAAUGCUUCUUGUUUAUGAAUGCAUUCAUUGGUUGGAUGUUCAAGGGUACAGGAGACCUUUAAGCCAUGUUUCCACCAGAGAAACCUUUCCCCAUGAACCAGCAACCAUUGGAAAAGCUCAAGAAACUUUAUAUCAUCCCCCAAAAGCAGUUCCUUUUCAGGGAGUAGAACUUCAUGAUACUUCAGGAAUUUUUGUGGGGGUAUUUGCAGUGUUGAACAUUUAUGAUCGGUCAGUUCUUGCAGAAUUUUCAGAUCCUGUUUUUAAAUUUGAACAUUUAUCAUUUUCAUGGACGUCCAAGCUAAUCUUCCAUGGGUUGAGGAUUAGGGUCAGUUUAGCUGAAAACAGAUUAAAUGUGAGGCCAAAAUGCACGUAGUAGACUUCAUUUAAAAGGGUGAAACACAACCUAAACCACAUCGGUUCAACUGUUGCUCAAAUUUUACAAUGGAGUUAUAGCAUCAAAAAUGUGAUAGAUGGGCCAGUGAUGAAGUACAAAAAUUACUUGGAAGAAAAUACAGUUGUAGCAGACCUAUUUACCAAUUUUUAGGGGUCUGUGGACCAUACCAGAAAUCCUGACAUCAACUAUCUGAAGGAUAGUUCCUAGAAGUAGUUUUCCAGGACCAAGUGUUCCAGGUACUUUGAUAGUUUGGUUGGAAACAUGGCUUUAGGUUCAAUCUGCAUGUAAUGAAGCAUCCUGAAUAUCCAAACCUUCCCCCCUAAUUUGGAUCUCCAGUGGAAAAACCUAAGGUCUGUCUGUUCUGUUUGACUUUAUUUGGUCCUUAGAAAAGCCUGGGACUCGACUAACAGCCCUGCCCUCUCUCCAUGCAACACAAAGCACUUAGUGGAGCUGGUGACACCAGGACAAGCCUUCACCCAAACCCCAAACCUGAACUUUAACAGCUUGACUCUGGUGGACAGCAAUAUAAAUGUCGUCUCGCUGCAAUUCCCUUCGCUGAGGAACUUCUUAUCAUUGCACUGUAACUAAUACUGUACAAAGUUUGAAAGGAGUGUAAAGUGAGCAGUGAUAAGCAGAUGGACAGAGGUGGUUAUACUCUGAAACUACAUUGUGGCUCCGAUGGCAUUCCUGGUAACUGGGAAAUUCAUUUGCAACUCAAGCUCUCAUUUCUUGUUGUGCUGCUAAGUCCUUUUUUCAUCAAAGUUGCCCUAAAACAUAACACCUGGUUUAAGAUUUCCUUUUUUUUUAUAUCUUUAUUGCAACUCAAGCCAUCCCAGUUACCAGGGAAAAAAAAGUGGUCAUUGUAUGUUCCUGCAAACCAUCGAUGUGUCAUUGAAGGAUCCACUAUUCCUCAGCAGACAGGCAGUGGUUGGUCGUGGACUUGACUUUCUUUUUAAGCAAGAAAAGCUCGAAUCACAAAUGUUGGUAUGAAACAUGUUUUUGGUUCAGAAACACAUCCAUGGUUUGUAGGACUGCGAACAAUUUUUCCUGGUGACUGCGGUUGACUCAAAUCAGGAUGUACAUUUUUAGCUGUAAAACUUUUCGUCUUUGGUCUUUUGAGCAGAUCUGCAGCCAAUAAUGGCAAAAAAAAAGGCAAAUAUUAUAAAAACUGUGUUUCAGAUGGUAAAAAUAAUCAUCAUUCUACAUAAAAAACAAGCUUCAAAUGAUCUGAAGGUGUCAACUGAGGUGAGGCGUAUGGGUACGUUAACGUUGGUACGCCGGUGACUUUUUCAGCUUGAACCCACUCAGCAUCAUUUUCAGUAGCUCAGGGAACAUACUGGACUAAGUGUAGAUUGUAAGAAUCUCAGCAUCAGGAAAUUAUUGUCAAACACACAAAAAAAAAAACAGUCAAGUUAAUCUUUUGCUUUUGUGUUUUUAAUGUCAAAACCCAAAUGGUUGUAGUCUCAUGUAGCAUAGUAUCCCUGAACUCUCCAAACCUCAGCUUUCCCUUCAUGGUUGUAUAUUAUGUUGUACAUAUAUAUAUAUAAAAAAGGCGCUAUAAGUUAAUAUCAGAAUGGGCAUUGCUGAUUUGAUAUAUGCAAGUGAAAUGAAAUAAAAGUAUGUAAAUUGUUUGCCAAUCAUUCAACCAAGGUUUGAAGUCUACUGUUCAAAAUGGCAUGUAUCUUUUCUUAUGGAACCCUUUCGGGGGUUCUGGUUUUACAAAAAACAAAAAAAAGUAAUUAAAAAAAGACCAAAAAAAAAAAAAAAAAAUACAGUUUAUUUU